CUUCAGACUGUCGAUGUACUGGUGGCGAGGGGUGCAGAUGAUCCGAUAAUCGUCAUCACACCCUUCCACCUUGGUCCAAUCACCGUUGGACGAGGUUUGUUUAGUCUCACUGGUCGAUUUCCCUCUUCUCCAUGUCUUCCAUCGGGCAAAUGUGUCGAAAAGUUCACUUUAGUUCUGGAAGGCUUGUCGAGUCUGUUCGCCACCCGAUUGUAUACUGGAAUGAAUGGGUGCAGAGCAUUUCUUCGCGAGACACUUGUCGUCGGCAGGCAUAGACUGAAGCUGGAACACAUAUCGAUAGACUCUCAGAACCGAACCACAAACUACGGGCAAGAGAUCUACCAGGAAAACAGCACCCAUGGCACUCACCAGAUCUACCGAUCCACUGGUCUGGAUUGACUGUGAGAUGACCGGUCUCAAUCCCGCAAAGGAUACAAUCAUGUCCAUAUCGUGCAUCAUCACCACUGCCAACCUCGCCCCGCUGGACACAGAAGGCUUCCACGCCGUGAUAUUCCACAGCCCGGAACAACUCUCGAGAAUGUCCGAGUGGUGCGUCAAGACGCACGGCGAGACCGGCCUGACACAGGAAUGCCUAGCUUCGUCGACCAGUGCUGAAGACGCCGCCGCCCGGCUGCUCGCAUAUAUCAAACACUACAUCCCCGAACCAGGCCGGGCUCUUCUGGCAGGGAACAGUAUCCACGCCGACCGUGCUUUCUUGGCCGUGCCGCCUUGGAACGUCAUCCUGGAGCAUCUCCAUUACCGGCUGUUUGAUGUCUCGGCCAUGAAGGAGAUGGUGCGACGCUGGGCGAGCGAAUCCGUGUUGAUGGCAGCCCCAAGGAAAGAACUCCGACAUACUGCCCGAGCCGAUGUCCUGGAAAGCAUACAGGAGGCGCAGUAUUACAAAGGCUUGAUCGAGGGGAUGGGUCUGGUUAUGCCUGUCUCUGCACCGUCGAUGCCGAUCCAGCCACAGCCACAGCCGCUCAUGCCCGCUCCAGGCACAAAGCAAGGCCAAGAAGCUCUCGACAUGCUCCGCAACAGCGGCACGCUCAUAGGCGACGUCGGAGAUCUCGACCCGGGCUUCAGAACCGAUAUACCGUGAUCAGUAACGGGCCUGUCGUCGCGCCGACUUCCCACCUCAGUCCCCGCACAGUCACACGAGCGAACCCGAACGUCUAGAAAGGAUGUUCUCACCCAUCCGUCGCCAAUCUCAUCUUUCGUCACUCGAAACAGUUUUCUUGCAUCCGUCAGCUGACAUGUCCCAAAGACCUCCGGGCUGCGAUGCCUGCACCAUAUUCCAUACCGGCUACGCCAAGCGAUAUCGAGGUCCGUGGAUAGAGAGGUAGACAAUUGCUAUACACGAAGCGCAGAGGAAAAAAAACAACCCCCCCAAAUCAAUACCAGACUACUGUUAAAAUAUUAUUUACCGCAAAUCCAAAGGAACAGGAUACCAAAACCAAGGUCCAAGUUCAAACGCCAUGGCGAUCUCAUAUUCGCCGAAUGAUAGGGUAGGGAGAAUAUAAGCGAGAGAGAAAGAGGUGCUUGUUCCAUAGUAUUGUGAACAGCAGAGUAUACCAAAAACUCAUCGCUGCGAAAUAAGGAUAUCAUGGCCAUCUCUCUGAAAUAGAGAAGGUAAAGAGAUACAGAUCAUGGAUAUUGUAACAUAUAUGGUAACAACAG